AUGGAUGCGAAUGUUUUGUGGGGACUUAAGGCUGGUUGCGAGGAGGACUUUGAGAGUAGGGAACAGCUGGCUGCAUUUGAAAAGGCAACAGAGCGUCUGCCCUUUAGAGGUAAUCUGAUAUAUCUGCAUGAAGCCAGAGCCCGAGAAACAACAGAGCAGCAGCAGCAGCAACAGCAGCAGCAGCAGCAGCAGCAGCAGCAGCAGCAGCACAAGGGGGAUCGGCGUAAACCAACGGAAAAUGCUCAUGAUGGGCCUGUGCAAAAGAAGCCCCGGACCCAGCCUAGCAAACCCCAAUCCGCAGCAGCAGCAGCAGCAGCAGAAGCACCAGCAGCAGCAGCAGCAGCAGCAGGAUCAGCAGAUGACGCUGGGACUGCUGCAGCAAAGGCAGGUACUACAGAAUCAGAUUUUUGCCCGCAGCAGCAGAGACAGCUGCCGGCUUUGCUGCACUUAAUAAACAACAAACCCCACCUAACUGAGGCAGCCUCCAUAGAACACCGCGUCGCCCCGCUAAACGGGUAUGCUGCUGCUGCUGCUGCUGCUUUAGAUACUGCUGCUGCAGUUGCUGCUGCCGCUCCGGGUGCUGAGGCUGGCUUCUCCUACUAUGAUCAGCUGCAGAUGAAGCACACCUACCUAAAGACGUGCAUUAGGCAGCUGACUAAAGCAGCACAUCAACGCUAUCUAAGGUUGUUGCCUGCUGACGAACGCAAGGCGCAGCAGCAGAUGCAGAAGAAGCAGCAGCAGCAGCAGCAGCAGCCGUGGCACUCCCCUAAAGUUGCGAAGCGAUGGGUUGGAUGUGAAGUGCUGCCGACGUUGCCUGCCCCCGUGGCUGGGCGCAUAGGCUAUCGCAACAAAUGUGAAUUUACUGUAGGGAUUGCGCAGCAGCAGCAGGAGCAGCAGGGGCUGGAACAGCAGCAGCAGCAGCAGCAGCAGCAGCAGCAGGAGAGCCCUUGCGUGGGCUUUGUAUGUGGGGUGCAGCGGCUGCAGCCCCAAGUUGCUUCCCCUUCGGGUUUGCUGCUGCUAAGCCAUGGCAUGCAGGAAGCAGCGUAUGCAAUGGAGAAGCUAGUAAAGGCAUCUCCUUUUGCUGUCUAUGACCGGAGGACGCAUACCGGCACUUGGCGUUUGCUGAUGGUGCGUACAUCGGCCUGGACCCGCUCGAUGAUGCUGGUGGUGCAGAUAAGCCCUUUCCAGCAGCAGCAGCAGCAGCAGCAGCAGCAAAACCAGAAGCAGCAGCAGCAGCAGCAGCAGCAAGACGCAGCAGACAAUCGCAGCGCUUUGAUUCAGAGUGUUGUUGCUGCCUUCGCUGGGAAGACCUUUGGGCGCUACAAAGUCACCUCCAUCUUCUUGCAGGAAAAUUCGGCUGUAUCCGACACCAUGGAGGGACACCCAAUGCAAAAGAUAUAUGGCGCGGAUGAACUGGAGCAGAAGCUCUGCGGCCUCCGCUUCCUUUUGGGGCCCUCAUCGUUCUUCCAGACAAAUACCCCAGCAUGCGAGGUGAUGUAUGAAGCUGUGCUGCAGCUGCUGCUGCCGCUGCCGCCUUCUGGGCCUGUCCUCGAUAUCUGCAGCGGCGCGGGCACCAUAACGCUCUGUCUGGCAGCAGCAAUUAAGAAAGCUGCUGCUGCUGCUGCUGAUGCUCCCGACAGCGGAAGCAACAGCAGCAACAGCAGCAACAGCAACAGCAACAACAGCAACAGCAACAACAGCAACAGCAGCAACAGCAACAGCAACAGCAAUAGUAGCAACAGCAACAGGAGCUGCAGCAACGGCAACAGCAACAGCAACAGCAACAGCAAUAGCAACAGCAACAGCAGCAGCGAAGGCAGCAGCAGCAGCAACUGCAGCAGCAGCAGCAGCAGCAGCAGGAGAAGGGUUAUCGGCAUUGAGGUGGUGCCCUCAGCAGUAGAAGACGCGCGGCGUAAUGCGAGGCUAAACGGACUGGAGAACGAUGUAGAAUUCAUAGAGGGAAAGGCUGAGGAUGUGCUGCCAAAUCUUCUGCAGCAGUUUUCAGGAGAGACGCAUAUCUCUGCUGUUGUGGACCCUCCUCGGAUGGGGCUUCGUGCGCUUCUGCUGCUGCUGCUGCUGCUGCUACGGCUGUUGGUUCUGCUGCUGUUGCUGCUGCGGUGGCACGGCUCACGAGAGAGGACGCUGCGGCUGUUGCUAGUGCACCAGCAGUACACAUUCAUGCUUUUGCAUGCUGAUAUUGCUGUUGUUGCUGCUGCUGCUGUUGCUGCUACAGACUCGAAGGUGCUGAAGGCUCUAAAGCAAUGCAAGCAGCUGAGAAGGCUGAUUUACAUCUCCUGCAACUGCAAAACAUUAGUAGAGAACGUCCUGGAUGUCUCUUGUGGGGUGUCUGGGUGUCUCCUCAACUGUCUCUUGUGGGGUGUCUUGGUUUCUCCUCAACUGUCUCUUGUGGGGUGUCUGGGUGUCUCCUCAAGUGUCUUGUGGGGUGUCUGGGUGUCUCCUCAACUGUCUUGUGGGGUGUCUGGGUGUCUCCUCAACUGUCUCUUGUGGGGUGUCUGGAUGUCUCCUCACGUGUCUUGUGGGGUGUCUGGGUGUCUCCUCAACUGUCUCUUGUGGGGUGUCUGGGUGUCUCCUCAACUGUCUCUCGUGGGGUGUCUGGGUGUCUCCUCAACCGUCUCUUGUCGGGUGUCUGGGUGUCUCCUCAACUGUCUCUUGUGGGGUGUCUUGGUGUCUCCUCACGUGUCUUGUGGGGUGUGUGAGCGUGCGUUGGAGUGUAUAAGUGUCUCCUGUUUGUUUGCUGCUGUGUCUGGUGUCUGUCUCCUUUUAAGGCUGUCUGCUGAUGACAGCAGCGAUCCCUUCGUUCCCGUUGCAGCUGUCCCUUUAGAUAUGUUUCCCCACACGCUGCACUGCGAAGCAAUUCUGCUGCUGGCGCGCAGCAGCGUCGCUGCUGCUGCUGCUGCUGAGUACCGCAGCAGCAAAAGGCAACACCUCCUCAGCCUCACCCCAGUAGAACCCGCGCUCAAUCCAACAGCAGCAGCAGCAGCAGCAGCAGCAGCAGCAGUCUCCUCGGAGGGCGAAGAAGAAGAUGCCCCCGCCACAGAGGACUCGGCAGCUAGCCCGAGCUGCAGCAGCAGCAGCAACAGCAGCAACUCUAGCAACAAAAACAACAGCUGCAGCAGCAACUGUCUCAGUAGUAGCAGCACCAACCCUAAAGACACCGAGAUGCGCAAGGCAGCAGCUGCAGCAGCUUCUCUUUGGCAAGGAGAUAACCCGCUUCUGGAGUAG